UGUUUGACUGUCAUCAAACACCUCCCACCAGCAAAGAAAAAAAAAAAACCUCCCAGAAAGCUCAAAGCAAUACCUCCUCCUCCUUUCUCCUCUAAAAGAAAUCCGAAACGACAUUCUUCACCGUCAAAGAUCCAUUUUAAGAUCCGACUUCAAUGCCCGUUUUAUUCCUCUCAUGAUUCCGCCUCACCUCCCUGUUUUUUUCCCGCGUUUCUUGACCCGAUCGGUAAUAUAUUGAGUUGUUUUGUUGGUUUAAGGAAGUGAAUUUUCGACAGAGGAUCCGUGAGAUUCUCGCAUUUGCUUUUUGUUUAGUCCAAUGGCUUCAGUAAGUAUAGUUCCUACUUCUGGAUUAAGAGAACCUAGUGGAAAUACAGUCGGUGUCGAUAGGUUGCCUGAUGAAAUGAAUGACAUGAAAAUUAGGGAUGACAAGGAAGUGGAAGCAACUAUAGUUGAUGGUAAUGGAACCGAGACAGGGCAUAUAAUUGUUACCACUAUUGGUGGUAAAAAUGGCCAGCCUAAGCAGACAAUAAGCUAUAUGGCUGAACGUGUUGUUGGACAUGGAUCAUUUGGAGUAGUCUUCCAGGCUAAAUGCUUAGAGACAGGUGAAACUGUUGCUAUUAAAAAGGUUCUUCAAGACAAGAGAUAUAAGAACCGUGAACUGCAAACCAUGCGUCUGCUAGACCACCCAAAUGUUGUCUGCCUGAAGCACUGUUUCUUUUCAACAACUGAAAAAGAUGAGCUCUAUCUUAACCUGGUGCUUGAGUAUGUUCCAGAAACUGUCCAUCGGGUUAUCAAACAUUAUAAUAAGAUGAACCAAAGGAUGCCACUGAUAUAUGUUAAACUCUAUUUUUACCAGAUUUGCAGAGCACUUGCUUACAUUCAUAACAGCAUUGGUGUGUGCCACAGGGACAUAAAGCCUCAAAAUUUAUUGGUCAACCCACAUACCCACCAGCUAAAACUGUGUGAUUUUGGAAGUGCAAAAGUUUUGGUAAAAGGGGAACCCAAUAUAUCCUACAUCUGUUCUAGGUACUAUCGAGCACCUGAAUUAAUAUUUGGUGCAACCGAAUAUACUACAGCCAUUGACAUCUGGUCUGCUGGUUGUGUUUUGGCUGAACUAUUGCUUGGACAGCCUCUAUUUCCUGGUGAGAGUGGAGUAGAUCAGCUCGUUGAAAUUAUUAAGGUUCUAGGUACCCCAACAAGAGAAGAAAUAAAGUGCAUGAAUCCUAACUAUACAGAGUUUAAAUUUCCUCAAAUUAAAGCUCACCCAUGGCACAAGAUAUUUCAUAAGCGUAUGCCCCCAGAAGCUGUAGAUCUUGUUUCUCGGUUAUUGCAGUACUCUCCAAACCUUCGUAGCACAGCUAUUGAGGCUUUGAUUCAUCCGUUCUUUGAUGAGCUACGUGAUCCUAACACCCGUCUACCUAAUGGACGUUUUCUUCCCCCUCUAUUCAACUUUAAGCCUCACGAACUGAAGGGAGUGCCUGUGGAUAUAAUAGUGAAGCUGAUUCCAGAGCAUGCAAGAAAACAAUGUGCCUUCCUGGGGUUGUGAAGCGGUUCUUUCUUCUUGUUUUCUGCUUCUUGCAGAAAUCGUGGUCUAUUGUAGAGAAGUAGCUAGUGGCCUGUUUCAGUUAUCAUAUGGAAGCCAUGAUAAUUGCUUUUUCACCUCCAAAUGUUUAUUUGUUCCCUUUAUUAUUAUUUUUUCCGAUAUUUAUGUUUUUUCUUUUCCUUUAUUUUUUUAGCCUCUUUGUAGAAAGCGGACUUGAGAGUGUCUGCUAUGAUUAGUAUGUUCAUAAGACCUUAAAGAGUAUGUUGACCCCCUUAUUUCCAGUUGAUGAACAGAGUAUAACAACAUAUCGGAUUCAAAGUUGUUUCCUUAUAGUAUAAUUCAGUUGACCGGUAUUUGCAGUAAGUUUGAUGGCCUAUGGAAUUCAAACUCUGUUCCUUGA